AUGAGAGGCCAUAAUAAAACUGAACGACUCGAUAUUUGCAAUAAAUGUCAGACAAGUCUUGUAAAAGCACUUCGCGCUGGUGUUGACCACUAUUUAUCACUCUAUAAAAAAUCUGUUUCACAAAUAAAGUUGGUUAUGUUGGUCAGGGAUCCCAGAGGCACAAUGGCUUCAAGGUAUGACCCGAAUCUUGUCUGGUGUACAGCAAAACACUGCAAAAACAUUACAACUUUGUGUCGACUAAUGAGACUAAAUAUCAAUCAAUUGCUUGAUUUGAAACAAAACUCUCGUAUAGCCAAGGAUAUAGUGUUAGUUCGCUAUGAAGAGCUAUCAACUGAUGUCCAAAUAAAAUCCAAACAAUUAUUUAAUUUUCUGAAUAUUAAGCACAACUUUAAAGUCAAAACAUGGAUCAAAAACCACACGACUCGUGAUAAAAACAGAGAUAAUCCUCACUCAGGUAUUAGAGACUCAUAUAAAGCGGCCUUUCAGUGGACUAAACGACUAAAUAAAACAAUGAUUAUUAAAAUACAAAAUGAAUGCUCGGAUGUCAUGAAAAAUUUGGGCUAUAAAUUGAUUGACUUUUCUAUUGAUAAAAAAUAUGACCAAAAAAAAUAUCAUUUGAAUCAAUUACUUACAAACCAUUAUCCGUUAGACUACUUAUCUAAUAGAGUGUUUAAACAAAUAUUGUGA